AUGAUAACGUAAUGGCCAAUCCAUGUAUUGAACGGCGUCAAGUGAAAACGGUUAUCGAUCGCAACGUUCCGAGCGAUAGCGCGGCGGGGACGGGGGUGUCGAGUUCACCAACGAGCGACGUCCGCCGCUGGAAAUGAUCGCCAACUCCCAUAACAUCGCCGAUCUCAAAUCCUCGUACCUUGCCCGUUGCCCCUCCCCUCGCCGACCCUGCGGUCGCCUCGCCCGCCAGUUCUCCCCCGCUGCCCUCCGCCGUGACACCGCUGUAGGGGAUGGCGAGGGCCGGGCGGUCCUCGCGGCGAAUAGGCGGGAGUUCUUGCUCUUGCCCUCCUUGGCCAUGGCCGCGGGCUUCCUCCACUCGGUAGCCGCCGCCGCCUCCGCUACGGCGACGGAAGAGAAGCCCCCCGAGCCAGUCCCCUCCGCCUCCGCACCACCCUCCGUCGUAGACGUGGAGAAAGGGAAUGACAGGAAGAAGGAGAAGAAGGAGGAAGGACAACCUGAGAUACUAUCUAGGGUUUACGACGCGACGGUGAUCGGGGAGCCGCAGGCGGUGGGGAAGGACAAGAGGAGAGUGUGGGAGAAGCUGAUGGGCGCUCGCGUGGUGUACUUGGGGGAGUCUGAGAUGGUGCCGGAUCGGGACGAUAGGGUUCUUGAGCUGGAGAUCGUGAAGAAUCUUAGGAAUCGGUGCUUGGAGCAGCAGAGGACCGUAUCUUUGGCUCUAGAAGCAUUCCCUAUCGAUCUCCAACAACAGAUCGAUCAGUUCAUGGAUGAAAGAAUUGAUGGAGGAAGCUUAAGAUCUUACACUUCUCAUUGGCCACCUGAACGCUGGCAGGAGUAUGAACCUCUUUUAAAUUAUUGUCGUGACAAUGGAGUCAAGCUUAUUGCUUGUGGUACACCGCUGAAGGUUCUGAGAACUGUUCAAGCUGAAGGUAUUCGAGGUCUUUCCAAAAACGAACGGAAGCUAUAUGCUCCUCCAGCUGGCUCAGGCUUCAUUUCUGGCUUCUCUUCUAUCUCUGGGCGAUCAAUGAUAGACAAUAUCUCGUCAAACCAAUCUGUUCUUUUUGGUCCUAGUUCAUACCUGCCAGCGCAAGCAAGAGUUAUUGAUGAGUAUACCAUGUCCCAGAGUAUAAUGAAAGCUAUAAACAGUGGCAGUUCAGCAGAUAUGCUUAUUGUUGUAACUGGUGCAAGCCAUGUAAUUUAUGGAUCUAGAGGAACUGGAGUUCCUGCUAGAAUAUCAAAGAAAUUGCAAAAGAAAAACCAAGUUGUCAUCCUACUCGAUCCUGAAAGGCAACAAAUUCGGAGGGAAGGUGAAGUCCCUGUUGCUGAUUUCUUGUGGUACUCUGCUGCUAAACCUUGCAGCAGAAAUUGCUUUGAUCGUGCCGAAAUUGCUCGCGUGAUGAAUGCAGCUGGUCAGAGACGAGAAGCACUACCUCAGGACCUUCAGAAAGGAUUGGAUCUUGGAAUAGUAUCGCCAGAGAUAUUACAGAACUUUUUUGAUCUUGAGCAGUAUCCUUUGAUCUCAGAACUUAUUCACCGAUUUCAAGGUUUUCGGGAAAGACUUUUGGCAGAUCCUAAAUUUCUACAUAGGUUGGCCAUAGAAGAGGCUAUUUCAAUAACAACCACUCUUUUAGCACAAUAUGAAAGACGUAAAGGAUGUUUCCUUGAAGAAAUUGACUAUGUUCUAACUGAUACGAUCAGAGGUUCUGUUGUUGAUUUCUUUACUGUGUGGCUUCCUGCUCCUACUCUUUCAUUUUUGACUUAUGCUGAUGAAAGUUCAUCCUUUGAGGACUUUGAAAUACUAAAAGGCCUUUUAGGAUCAAUUCCAGAUAAUGCCUUCCAAAAGAAUGUUGUGGGUAAAGAUUGGAAUUUUAGUCAUAGAUUUGCAUCGGUGUUUUUUGGUGGUCUGAAACUUGCUGGGGUGGGAUUUAUCUCUAGCAUUGGUGCUGGAGUUGCUUCCGAUGUUCUAUAUUUUAUUCGCAAAAAUCUGAGGCCUGCAUUAUCUGUGAAUAGCAGACGGAAAAGGUCUCCCAUAUUAAAAUCAGCAAUGAUAUAUGGAAGCUUUCUUGGAACAUCAGCAAACCUGCGUUACCAGAUAAUUGCUGGAAUAGUAGAACACCGCCUUUCAGAUUAUCUAAUAUCUUACAACAAUGGACCACUACUUGUUAAUGCAUUGUCUUUCACUGUCCGCACAAUCAACUCAUAUUGGGGAACACAGCAAUGGGUAGAUCUAGCACGAUUUACAGGACUACAGACAAAUAAAAAGGGAGCUAUCCCUGAUCCGAUUGCAGAAACACCUGAUAUCCCACUUUUAGAGUGCAGCUCUACAAAAUUAAACAAUAUAGAUGAAAGCAAUAAUCAGUCUGGCGACACCUCUCCAUAAUGCAUCCUCCUCACUGAGAAAGAUGGUUUCAGACUCGGCAACAGACAGCAUGGUGGUUCAUCUGCCACAUGGCCACCACAAUAUGCUACAAUUUUGGUCAUUAAAGCUCAAUUAUUUAGCUUUUCUUUCUUGAGAUCUAAACUUGCAAUUUUGGUCCCUUAAUCUGUAUCGAAUUGUGAAAAUCCAGCACUAAUAGAAAUAUCCUAUUCUUCAA